UAUCAGGUAAUGGAGGAUAUGUUGGAAAACCGGUUAGUGAAAUUGGAAGGUCGAUUAGGUCUGCACAAAGCAGGGAACGUUAUAAAUGUAAGUGAGGAAUUAACUCUUCUGCGAAAGAAGUUAUCUGAAGCUGGUUGUGGCUUCCUGCUGAAAAUUCCAACUGAUGUAAUGAAAAAAAUCACUGAUCUGGCUACUGGUAGUGAUUAUUUGACCCCAGCGGAAAAGAAAAGAGAAAUAGAGUUUGGUUAUGAUUUAAUGUUCGAACGGGUUAGACUGCUGGAGGAGUUUCAGAAAGAUUCCGAGGUUGUGUUCAAAUCUGAAUCAAUUGCAAAUGUAAGCCAUCAUCUACCAGCACUCGAUGCUGCCGAAAAGGAAAUCAAUGAGUCAGCUUUAGAUGUGCAAAAGCAUCAUAGCAGUGUAGUGGAUCUCAAAGAAAAAUUUGUGAUACUUUUGGAGCAGCUUCAUUAUCAGGUUCUGGAAUGGGAAAGUGUUGUAGAAAAGCUUGAGCAAGUGAAGGAAACGAAUAAAACAAAUGCAUAGUUUCAUAUACAGGACGUUUUGCGUUUUCAAGAGAAGACUUGUAGAUGAACUUUGUGAAUUUUGUGAACUUUGUAACUUUGUGAACUUUGUUUUUUGCGAUUCGUGAUGUUUUUCUUCAUUUGUAUCGCUGUGUUUUGCAUAAUUUUGUCAUUCAUAUCAAAAAAUGGAUAGCGAGCUGUAAUUGUAUGUAAUAGGUUAGAAUAUUUAUAUGGUAUUUAAAGUGUCAUUUUUUACUAUACGUUUAUGCUUUGAAACAUGCUUCUAGCAAUAGGAAGUUUUUUAUGCCCACAAUUAGGAAUGAGGGCUCAUCCAGCAGAUCACUGCUGAAAUUAUAACCAAGAUGAGUGAAUAAAAUGG